AUGCUCAAAAUAGUUUUUCUUGCUUUGCUCGUCGCAGCGGAAAAAGAACGAUUGGAUGAUGGCGCAAUAUCACCAAAGAAUUCCGGGAAAAUUCCGAGAAUCACAGAGAAUUCUGGAAACGAAAAUGUGAAAGAGUUUUUCGACGGGUUGGACACAAAUAAGGAUGGGUUUUUAGGUAAAGUUUUCUUUCAUUUUUAUCCUUCAAUUUUAAUAGUUAUAGAUUUCGAUGAAAUUCUUGAAUGGAUUGUGCAAUCUUAUGCAACUGUUGAUAAACGAGAAGCACAUGAAAGAAUGAGUGAAAUGGAUGUAAAUGGAGAUGGAUUUGUUUCAUGGGAAGAAUAUUCUUCAGAUUCAUUUUCCGAUGAAGAAUUGGCUAACAACAAAGACGAUCAAAUACUUCUAGAACAAGAUCGAAAAUAUUUCAAAGCUGCCGAUGUAAAUCAAGACGGUAAAUUGGAUAUCAAAGAACUCGCUGCUUUCAACAAUCCAGAGAAUUAUCCACAUAUGCACGACGUUAUUCUCGAAGCAACUUUAGUCGAAAAAGAUUCAAAUGGUGAUGGAGCAAUCGAUUUGAAUGAGUAUUUAGGCGAAAUUGCUGUGCAGAAAUAUAACGAAUGGCAUGAAAUUGAGAAAGAACGAUUUAUGGCAGAAUACGAUAAAAAUGGUGAUGGAAAAUUGACUGGAGAUGAAAUAAGACAUUGGUUGUUGCCUGAUUCGACUAUUAUUGGAAGCGCAGAAGCGAAACAUAUUCUAACUGCCGCUGAUGAUAAUAAGGUUAGUUUUGCUAUUUUUAGGAAGUACAAAAAUAUGUCAUGAUGUUAAAUAACAAAGCCAAUUUUAGUAGAUCAUACAACAAGUUUAACUAUUUCAGGAUUCGAAGCUUUCCUACGAAGAAGUUCUUCAAAACAAAGAUGUUUUCGCAAAAUCCGAUGCUUCUCACGACAAUGAUUUAUCACAUUUAUAUCCUCAUGAAGAAUUGUGA